AUGAUUGAAAAAUCAUUAAAAGAAAAUCAAAAUCACGAUGACAUCAAGAUUUUUCUUCCUGUAAAUGAACUUAAUAAAGUUGGUGGUGUGAUAAAUGCAAAGUACGAUGCUGAAAUUAUUGAUGAUAACCUAUUCAUUAAGUUUGAUGCAAAAAAUCCACCGUUGAAUAGCAAAUUCGUGUGA